GAAGUCGCAGACGAACUGCAUCCUUUAGCAUCUCUGCUAAACCUUACUGUUCAAGGUAAACCCCAACGAACAGCGACGAUAUAUCAAAAUUAUCAAAACUAGCGCGUGGACAAUGACCUUCAAUCAUUUCAGCGAAACAUGUAAAUGUGCAAACAUGAUAAAAGACUUGCAUGUAUGUGAAGAAUGGUGCAUUUGAGCAGUGUGUGAUUUAGCAUUGGACUAUUAUUGUUCCUCACGUCAUGCCAGCCUGAACUUAAAGAGACCGCCGCUCUUCCUUAAUACAUGCUGAACCUCUCCGAAAUUAUUCUUGGUUCACUAAAAGGAUAAAUCAUAUCCAAAAAGUUGAUAAAUUCUUACAUUGAUGCUGUGAAUAAGUAUAACAGGGUUACUGCGUUAAGCACCAGCAGGUAAAUGAAGGGUUGUCAGUGAGAUGCUGUAGGAGGAAUUGGUAAUCAACACAGUGAUCGGAACAUCGGCAGAGAAGAUGGACAAGAAAUCCUUUGAUAUCGUAUUGGACGAAAUUAGAAAGUGUGUUUUGACAGAUCAACGUAUCAAAGCUAUAGAGCAGGUUCAUGGGUAUUUCUCCAGUGAACAGGUGAUUGACAUUCUGAAAUACUUCUCCUGGGCAGAGCCACAGAUAAAGGCAGUCAAAGCCUUGCAACAUAAAAUGGUUGCAAUUCCUACAACAAAGGCUGCAAACAUCCUUAAUUGUUUCACAUUCUCAAAGGACAGAAUUAUUGUACUGGAACUCAUAGCUCUAAAUAUUUCUGAUGCCCAAAAUUUCCGCCCUGUGGAUGAUGCGUUCCGUACUCACCUCGCUGAGAAGCGGUGUGCAAGAAAAAUCCUAGAGCAGGUGUGUAAGGUGGGAUGUAAAGCUCCAGUAGCUAUGAUUUCAUCCUGUGGGAUGAUCCCAGGCAACCCUUACCCCAAAGGCAAACCCAGCCAGGUCACUGGAACAUUCCCUAGAAUUCCUGCCAAAAAGGAUGGAGACGAUACAACCCUGGAUGGAAAGGGGAUUGCUGCACGCAUCCUUGGACCAAGCAAACCAUCACCAUCAACGUACAAUCCACACAGACCUGUGCCAUACCCCAUCCCACCAUGUAGGCCACAUGCAACUAUCGCUCCAAGUUACAGCCGACCUGUUGGGCAACAAAAUCCAAUCUCCAACAUCUCUGGCACACCUGCUAUUUCUCCUCAUAAUUCCACCGCAUCCACUCCUGCCACCUCCCAGCCUCAGCCUACAACACCAAUCACUCCAGUUUUUCCUGGCAUGGUCCCAUCCCAGAACCCUGUUACCCCCUCCCCUACUCCUGCCCCCUCGCCCUCAGUAAUCAAAGGGCCUCCUGUCCCAGCUGGCUCUCCCCAAGUUGCCUCAAACUCUAGUGGCCACACCACGCCAGUUCCUUCUCCGUUCGCUGGCAUGCCCCCUUCUGGUCGAAACACCCCUUCAGUCAUCAGAAGUCAUACCCCAUCUGGAACACCCUGUGGAACACCUGGGCCAAGUGCAAGCGUCCCUCCUUCUCCCUUCCACAGUGCUCCCCGCUCAGAAACACCUACUGGUGGACUCGCAUCUACUCCCAGGGCAACUGAUGAUCCCUUGACUCCUCAUGGAGCUAUGGGAUUACACUCAAAGAAGGGGUACCCACCCUCCUCAGAUUCCCAGUCAGCACUUUCGCUCCCUGGCACUCCCUCUACCCAGUCACAUUCAGUUAUCCGUAGUUACACACCCUCAGGGAUGUCCUCCCUCACUCCUGGACGCUCUACUCCAAGCAUGCAAGGUGUUGGUGGAUUACCAGUGGCGUCCAGUCCUAGUCCUAAACCCUCUCCUGGACUGACCUCUCAAACAGCCAUGAGUAGCCCUGCUGGAGCUUUGUUUAUGGACCAACAUGCUAGCUCCAUGGCCCGCCAAGGUGGAGGUAGUGGAAGCAACAGUCCUGUCCCUUCUGCUUUUAAAGGUCCCUCCCGCUCUAGCACUCCUUCUAUUAGCUCUCUAGUUAUGCCAAACUCUGCUGUUCUUGCCCGACCCCUUGGCAUGGCUCAUGGUGCUGCCUCACCACAGUCUUCUUUGCCCAGCACUGCUGGUGUAUCUGCACUACACAGUCUUUCCUCGGUUCUGGGCUCUCAGUCUGGAAGCAGCCCUUCUCCACAUUUUCCAGUGUCUCCUUUCUCUGGAGCCCAGUCCUCCAUUUCCACCUCAUCCACUUCUACUCCUCCAGUCUCAUCUGUAUACUCUGGCCUGGCUCACUCUAGUGCUCCCUCGCCCUCCCCCUUUGGCCUGGGAUUGACCACAGCUCCCUCCGUGUUCCCGGGUCUUCCUUCCGGCCCAAACCCUGCCUUCCAAGGUUUUGGAGGCUCAGGGCACACUGCAUCAGGUAGUCCGGUGCUGUCCUCAUUGAUGGGGCUUCCAGGAGCCUCUUCCUCAGUAGCCACCGUUGCACCUCUCCAGGCAGCAGCAGUCGCAGCAGCUGCUGCAGCAGGAAUCUCCUCCUCUUCUCCUGUGCUUCCUGGAUUCGCCUCUGCAUUCAGCUCUAACUUCAACCCCGCCCUUGUUGGCCAGGCUGGGCUAACUGGUAGUCUCCAGGCCCCUGGAGGUGCAGCUUUUCCAGGGUUGCUGUCUUUCCCCCCAGGGAUGCCCAGCUUCUCCGCGACAGCAUCUCCUGCUUCCCUCUCUGGUCUUCACAACUCCGCCAUGCAGUCUGCUCUUUUGCAGGCUCACUCUGCAUCAGCGCUUGACAGUUACCCUCCUCAGCCAAAUGGAUUCACUAACUACCCCGCAGCCGCAGGCUCGAGCUUCCCUUUGCAGCCAGGCCUGCAUCCACAACUGGGCUGGCAGUAACUCAUUGUGAGUUACAGAGUGCAGGCAUAUCGAAAACUACGUGACAUUUUGUGUGAAGCGUGCAUAAACAAUGACGAACAUUGUGGACUGUGGUGCUCUGCAUGGAAAAAGGUGUCAUAAUUGUCAUAGCACAAUUAUGGGUAAAAUUCAGAAACUAAUGUGGAAACUACUCUCCAAUAAUUUCAAUAGAAGAUACAAGUUUCAAAUCAAGAUGAGCUUGUGGUUUAGCGCACUGCACUAGUAAUUUUAACAUAAUUUUGAUUGACUUUUGAAGGCUGGACUGUAUUUGAAUUAAAUGAAUACUGUUCUUUAGUAUUAUUAUUAUUUUUUGGGGGGGGUUGUAGAAGUAAUUAGGGCUUAACUCUGUUUAAGCAUCGUAAUUAAAAAAAGAAUGAAUGCUAAAAUGAAUUUUAAUACACCAUUAGAGUAAAUGUGAACAGUGCGGGUGUCUAAAUUUUACUAAACUGUUUUUCCCUGUAUCAUGAAAGUAGUUAAUGGACCUUUUUUACAAAUGUCUGUCAAAUGCUGUACAUGUAAAUACCCUUUGAGAAUGGGUAAGUUAGGUGUUUUUUAUAUUUGUACUGUAGCUGUUCUGUUUUUUUAUUACUAUUAUUAUUUUACUUUGCAACUCCUAAGUGACUAUAGUGUUAUGUAUUUUACACUCUUGUGCAAUUUUGGUGAUAUUAAGGUCAGGACCAUGAAUUUUACAUGUAUACAAUGUAGAUCUGUACUCACAGUCUACAGUACUCACAUUUGUUUUCAUUAUAUGUUAUAAAGUAUAAUAAAGAAUAUGGUAGGUUUAGUCUAGUAUGUUCGAACAGUAUCAUGAAAUAAAAGUUCUUUUCUUAGA